AUGAGGACUCUUGCCAGUCUGCUGUGGAUUGGGACCCUCUUCCUUGCCGUGGGGUGGACUCUCCAGAGAGAAGUUUCAUUGCACGUCUCGCAACCCAGUCUAAACGCCACAGUGGCAAAGAAUAUUUUGCUGUCGGUCGCCUAUACCUGCAAGGGGGUCCCCGUCAUCGAGUGGAAGCACACAGCCAAAUGGGGCACGACCAAAAUCGCCGAGUGGAAACCGGGGACUUACACCAACAUCUCCAGCAGUUACAGGGACAGAGUGAACGUUUACAGCAAUGGUUCUCUACAGAUUCUGAACGUGGCAAUGAGGGAUUCGGGCUACUACUUGGUCACAGUCACGGAAGAGUUUGGAACAACCAUCUACGGCACCAUUUUACUGAAUGUUUCUGAGAUCCGCUAUGAGGACUUGCACUUUGUGGCCGUCUUCUUUGCAUUCCUCACUGCUGUGUCCUCCAUCCUCAUCUGCCUCAUGUGGCUGUGCAACAAAUCCCUGCACCUGCUUCAGAAGGAGAGGCACCCGCUGACGGGUUAG